AUGGCAUCGAAAAAGUCGAGGUCGAAGAACACGAGUGCCAGUACGAAAUCUCUCAAGUCUGGUCGUCCGCCUCUUCUACUUCCGUCUUCCUCGUCAGGAGGAGGCAACGUUCUUGGUGUCGGUGGUCCCUCGUCGACGUCGACGACCACCACGGCACAGCGGACGUCGUCAAUCUCUUCCAGGCACACCCGCACCGUGAUACGCCGACACCACACCCUCCAGAAACGUCUCUCUCGCGCCAGGGCCGCCGGAGAUUCGGGUCUCGCUCGACAACUCGAAUUGGAACUCGAAGCUUCGGGUGGUCUCGCGACAUACCAACUCGCCAGCACCGUGGGACAGAGCGCCGAAAGAGGUGGUGACUCGAGCCGCGUAUUGGUUCAAUGGAUCAAGGACGAACUUGAUGUUCGUCGGAAAUCGAGGCCAUGUCAACAAAGAAACCAAAAGGAUCAAGAUCGGAAUUCAUCUACGACUUUUGUCAUUGCCGGUGAUGAUGACGAUCAAACGAGGCCAAAGAAACAAAAGUCUUCUUCUCCUCCUCCGCCCCCUCCUUUGAGAAUACUAGAGAUUGGUGCUCUGAGUACCACCAAUGCUCUCAACGUCGUCGAUGCGACCCAAGUCCGACGUAUCGAUCUAAGAUCUUCGGCAUCUGGUAUCGAGGAAAUCGAUUUUAUGAAGUUCCCUUUACCAAAUGACCCUACUGGGAAAGGUUCGUGGAAGAAUCAAAAAGGUUACGACGUUUUGAGUCUCAGUCUGGUUUUGAAUUAUGUCCCAGAUGCGCAUGGUAGAGGGGAAAUGUUGAAGAGGACGACGCUGUUCUUUACUGAUUCUACAUCCGACUCAAGCACCUCUACUUCUGCUCCUGCUUUGGAAAACAAAGACAGAAACCAAGACGUACCUGACGAUGAGAAUGUCAAUGGCCUGGUUGACCUGGACGACCUGGACACCACGACUUCCGGUUCAAAAUCACUCCCUUGUCUGUUUUUGGUCUUACCUGCACCUACGAUCCACAAUUCUAGAUACCUCACUCCCUCACACCUCGACCUGAUCAUGUCUUCUUUGGGUUACACAGCCCGCAAGACCAAGACGACACAAAAACUUCAUUACAGUCUGUGGACGUACGACCCCACCGAAAAGGAUCGAUGGGUCCGGGAAGGAGGACAGACCGUUUUCCCAAAGAAAGAAAUCAACCCCGGAGCUGGGAGGAACAACUUUUGUAUCAUCAUCGAUUGA